CUCGCCUCGCCUCGCCCCGCCAGCCGCCUCCAUGGCUGCGGAAGGCGCGCUGGGCGCCGUGCGGGCCGGCCGGCCCCAGGACAUCGAGGACGUGCUCAGGGAAUACAGCCAGCAGCAUAGGGCUACUUUCAAGUUUGAACCCUCAGAUGAAGAGAAGAGAAAGAAACUAUGUGAAGGGAUACUAAGCAUCCUCGAAAGGGACAUAACAACGUCCUGUCAGGUGACCUGUCUGGAAGCUCUCCGCAUUCUCUCCAGAGACAAAAAGGUUUUAGUUCCUGUCACGACAAAGGAAAACAUGAAAAUAUUGAUGAGACUAGCCAAGUUGGAUGAUACCGAGGGUUCUUUGGAGGAGGUAUCAGAUUUCCCAGUUAUAGUGGAAGCAUUAAAAUGCUUAUGUAACAUAGUUUUCAACAGUCCAAUUGCACAGAAACUCAGUCUGGAACUUAAUCUUGCUGCAAUGCUUUGUAAUCUUCUGAGAAAGUGCAAGGACCAGCAAUUUAUUAGUGACAUCAAAUGUUUUGACUUGCGUCUGCUCUUCCUCUUGUCACUUUUGCACACUGACAUCCGGUCACAGUUACGCUAUGAGCUCCAGGGCCUGCCACUGCUGACCCAGGCUUUAGAGAGUGCUUUUAGCAUAAGGUGGACCGAUGUGUACAAAGCUGCUCUAGAUCCCAACGGGCCUCCUCUAUCACUCCAAGAGACGGAUUGCGCGAUUGAGGCCCUCAAAGCUCUCUUUAACGUAACGGUCGACAGCUGGAAUGUACACAGUGAGAGUGACUCUCAUCAAUUCCGCGUUAUGACUGCCAUCCUUCGCCACUGUUUGCUAACCAUGGGUCCAACUGAAGACAAAACAGAAGAAUUGCACAGCAAUGCAGUCAACCUUUUAAGCAAUGUUCCGGUCUCUUGUUUGGACGUUCUCAUUAGUCCGUCAACCCAGGAGGAAACAACCCAAGAAGAAACAACUGAGGAAGAAACAGAUUUGAAAUACAAUACCAUGACAUACAAUGGUAUGAAUAUGGAUGCCAUUCAAGUUCUACUCAAUUUUAUGGAGAAGAGAAUAGACAAGGGAAGCUGCUACAGAGAGGGCCUUACUCCAGUUCUCAGUUUACUAACAGAAUGCUCCCGGGCUCAUAGAAACAUCAGAAAAUUCAUCAAAGACCAGGUAUUGCCACCGUUGAGGGAUGUCACUAAUCGGCCUGAAGUUGGCUCAACUGUGAGGAACAAGCUGGUACGACUUAUGACACAUGUUGACCUUGGAGUCAAGCAGAUCGCAGCUGAGUUCCUCUUUGUCCUCUGUAAAGAGAGAGUCGACAGCUUAUUGAAGUAUACGGGCUAUGGCAAUGCAGCAGGACUGUUGGCAGCCCGGGGCCUCCUAGCAGGAGGAAGAGGGGAUCACUGGUACUCAGAUGAUGAAGAUACAGACACCGAAGAAUACAAAUCUGCAAAGCCAAACAUUAAUCUUAUUACUGGUCAUUUAGAGGAGCCAAUGCCGAACCCCCUAGAUGAAAUGACAGAAGAACAGAAGGAAUACGAAGCCAUGAAACUUGUCAACAUGCUUGAUAAACUUUCCAGAGAGGAGGUGAUUAAACCAAUGGGAGUGAGACCGGAUGGUACAAUGACGCCUUUGGAGGAAGCCCUUUGCCACUACCAAAUCACUGAGGAAAACAGUUCAGAUACAGACUAAAGCAUCACCUGCUUCACUCUCAAUAUCGCUUUUAUCAGCAUCUUUCUGUGUAGCUCCAAGAAUCUCUUUUUGUCUAAACAUUUAUGCCCUUGCUUUGGCUAGAAACACAUUAAGUGGUUUACUUACUCCAGAUGCUGGAUAUUUAAAGAGAUGCUACCAAACUGUGUGUGAUAUUGAGGGGUUUAUACGUGUAUAGAUAGAGAAUGGAGUUCACGGCUUAUGAGCAGAAAAAUAAUUGCACUUCAUCAGGACUGGAUUUAAGGACUGUUAUAAUAGCCCAGCUGAAACAUGUCUAAAAUUUUCCAGACCUUUUAAGGCACAUUUCAGCUGGGUUCUGCAUUUUGUUGGUGUGACUUGACUCUUCCUCACUCCCUCAAAUGUACUCAUGCAAGUGAAGAAUCAGGGAUGAUGUAAUUAAGUUAGGAGUAAAGGGCGUUAAAUCUAUUAGACUGAGUAGGUGAAGCCAAAGUAGCUGUCCAUAAUCCUUGGGCCACUUCCUUCAUCUUUUUCAGCUGAAUUAUAUAGGGUUAAUCCUCCAGUUCUAAGAUAACUAGUUUGUUAAUGGUAACGGGGUGGGGGGAAAAAAAUCAGGUGAUUACUGUUCAUUUUUAUUAGGGCUGUUCAUUUUUACAUUUAAAAAACUAAGGUUCGGUCAAAGUGAAAUCAUGUAGUAGAGGAAUGGGCCUAUUUGAUCAAUGGUUAAAGCAGAAAAGGGUUUUUUUUUCCUUUUUUAUAGAUAUGCUUAACCUUUUAAAACUUUAACUCUUUAAAUAAAUCAUUUGGGGGUUGA